CAUUCUUGAGUAGGGAUAGUGCUCCCUAAUAUCCCCCUCUCUCGUAGUACACACAAAGGGCAUUACUCUACGGUGAGUCGACUUAAGCCAUGGACUGGCGGCGGGCAGGGAGCCCAACAUACGGCCGGCGACGCUCGCCAGCGGAGAUGUAUUCCGCCCCGGCGUCCCCGGCACACCCCCUGGGUCCAGCCACGUCGUCACCGGUACACCCUCUGGCGGCGCGGUCCAAGGCGCGCGCCGCGGCGGCGCUGGCGCAUGUCAUGUCGCGCCCAGGCGCGCGAGUCGCCGCCGCAGACUCCGACUCCGACGAGAACGGGUACGGAGACGACGACGGCAGCACCAACGGGCGUUACGGCGGCGGCCGGAGCCCCUUGCACGGGUACGUUGCAAAGAGCGCCGGCGGCGUCAAGGACAAGUUCUUCGGGAUGGCGUUGCCCAAGAGAAAUCAGGGAGGCGAUAUAGAGGCGCAAGCUUUCUCUGGUUGAGUUCUGCUCGGAGGAAGUUUCGAUCACUCGAACCGUGUGUGUUUGCUCCGGAAAUUUGAUUAGCCCAGACAUAUGCGGCUUAAUUUCUACGUAGAAAGCUAUUAGAAAGAAAGAAAUGCUCGAGAGUAGUACUAUGAACAGUUGCAUUUCUGCCAGCGAAAAUUAUGCUCUGCUAAUCUGCUUGAUCUACGCGGUAUACCAGUAAAAUAGUCAGAGCUUAGCAGUAGCUUAGGGAACCCAAAAGUAAAUCACACGGGAAUCCCGAGGCGGUCUGGUCGAUGCCACGCAAUCCAUGCACGGUCAACGCGGCUCAUUAAUGCGUGCCCUUAUUCACUCUGACCUUUUUGACUUUGUUUAAUGGGAAAAUCGGCAUCGAUCGGCCGGCCAUCACGAAGAAAAAGCUCUCCACAAGUUCAUCCAUGUGGUCCGGUGGAUCGCAUUCUCACGGUACAUGACACGCCACAAAAUAAGAGAAGGAUGCGUCCUUGUAACUGAGGAAGAAAGAAAUCAUUUUCUCAACUAUUUAAACCAUUGCUUUCAAAAUAAAGAUUAUCUUUAUCAUUACAAAGAUAUCUUUACUAUUACUGCUCAUUUGUUUUGGAUGAGUCCUAGGAGAUUUUCAUCCACGGGAUUAUUUCUAUGUUUAGCAUUCCCUGAGGUACCGGAUUCCUUAGAAUUGUGUACUUGAUUCCCUAGAAUUAUUAGCAUUAUGUAAGACCUCACGAAAAAUUUCAAAUAA